AACGAUACCGGAUAAAACCCUAAAAACCAUCACGCGAGAGACACGUGACUUCACAAUACAAAACCGCUGCAAGCAUCUCUAAUAAUCUCAACCGUCCGAUCAAACGCCACGUCACCGAUUCCCCCUCAAAUGUAAAUUCAACGGCCCAGAUUAAACGUCAUUAACAGCAACUCUGAAGAACGAAUAUCUCUCAUUUGAAAGUUGAAACCCUAAUUUCGAACAAAAAUUUGCUUUGAUGAAGAUGAUGAUCGAAGAUGAUUUGGAGAUCGAACGCGAGGUUGAGGAAAUUGUUGUUGAUGAUGAGGAUAGUGUAGAGAUUGACAGUGAAGUUGAGGUUGAAGAAGAUGACGGUGAAGACGAUGAUGACGGUGAAGAUGAUGAUGACGGAGAGGAUGAGGAUGAUGAUGAUGAUGUGCAGGAGGUGUUUCAGAGCUCCGGCGGUGGUCCGGCGUCGCAGGAAGGUGAGGAGGAUGAAGAGGAGGAUGAAGAUGAAGAUGGAGAUGAUGAUGAUGAUGAUGACGAUGACGACGACGACGGUGAAGAUAGCGAUGAUGAUGAUGACGAGGAUGAGGAUGAGGAAGGUGAAGAAGAAGAGGAGCAGGAUAUGGGAACUGAAUACUUGGUUCGACCAGUGGCUAACCCAGAAGACGAAGAAGAUGCUAGUGAUUUUGAGCCCGAAGAGAAUGGUGUCGAUGAAGAUGAUCUUGAAGAUGAAGAUGACGACGAUGACGAUGAUGAUGGAAGGAAAUCUGAAGCCCCGUCAAAGAGAAAGAGGUCCGGGAAAGAUGACGAUGAUGAUGACGACGAUGAUGAUGGUGCUGAUGAUGCCAGACCAUCCAAGAGAUGACCAUAGCUUUCGUUGGUGCGGUUUAUAUCUCUAGGAGGUUCUGCAUUUGCACAGCAUAACAAUUAGGAACAAAGACUAUGUUACUUCUGAUUUUGUGUAACCUUAGAUGUUUGACAUUUUGUUUUUCUUGGUUUGUAUCCUUGGAUAAUUUUAGCAUAUGGUUCUUCAAGAAUUUUUUUUCCAUUAUCCUUC